AUAAUAUUUGUAAUUUUUUUAAAGAAAUGAAUAACGUGUAUUGUAAUAAAUAUGGAUUUUAAGAAGAGAUUUAAAAAACAUAAUUUGAAGAUAUUGAAGACUAUAGGGAAAGGCACUUAUGGAAAUGUUUAUUUGUGUGAAAUGGUGAAAAGCAGUAUGUUGACGAUAGUAAAAGAUAUAGAAUUAAAUAUAAAAAUACAAGAUCACAAGCAGGAAAUAGAGAACGAAGUUAAGAUAUUAUCAAAAAUGAAUCAUCCUAAUAUAAUAAAAUUUUAUGAAUGUUAUUAUUUAGAUAAUCAAGUAAUGAUAUGUAUGGAAUAUGCUGUUAGCGGGAAUUUAGCGGAAUACAUGUAUCAGCGAUGUCCAGAAUUAAUAAAACAGCAGGAGAUAUUAUUCUUUUUUUGCCAAGUAUUGUUGGGAGUUAGUUACAUUCACAAAUUACAUAUAAUUCAUAGGGAUUUGAAAGCUGAAAAUAUUCUUUUGACGGGAAGUAAUGGAGUUAUCGUAAAAAUUGGUGACUUCGGUAUCUCUAAAAUGUUGGCUAGUGCGAAAAAAACCUCGACUGUAAUUGGCACUCCAUAUUAUUUGGCACCCGAAUUAUGCGAGGGAAAGCCAUAUGAUACAAAAAGUGACGUAUGGGCUUUAGGUUGUUUACUUUACGAAAUGUGCACACAUCGAAGAGCGUUUGAAUCCGAGACUCUUGUUGGAUUGGUCAGGGCUAUAACAUGUGGAAGUGUCCACCCAGUUGAUUUAACUGUUUAUGACAGAGGUAUUCAGGACCUUAUUGACUCUAUGCUAUCUAUUUUGCCAGACAAAAGGCCAACAAUCAAAGAAGUCAUGGGAAAAAAGAGUAUUCUGGAAAUGAUAUAUGUUGUAUAUUUAGAUGCUGGUAAUGAUGAAUUGUUGAGCUUAAAAUUUAAUAAUUUGUAAUGAAUUUUAACAUAGUAGUAGUAAUAUUAGAUGACAUUGAAAUAAAACAAUAAUUAUGAUUCA